AUGUACGUCGGGCACUUUGCGACUGGCUUGCUCCUCAAGGCGCUCUUUCCCGCCGUGCCCUCUGCGCCAAUCAUCUACGGCAUCGCAGUCCUCGACCUUAUCGACGGUAUCUUCACCAUUGUCGGGAUCAACCACGUCGCACCCAACCUCAACGCCGGACCAUACCUCUAUUUCGACCUAGUCUUUAUUGACUGGGACCACAGUCUGGCAAUGGCGUUGGUCCUCUCUCUCAUCUGGGGACUCUACUUCGCCACCCGCCCGGCUCCGCCAGCUACCACUGCCUCCACUGUCGGGUUGGUGGCCUUCGUCGCUAGCUUUAGCCACUGGCUCUGCGACUUGCCGUUCCACAACCUCGACCUCGCCGCGUAUCCCUACUCGCUGGAGCACUAUGGUUGGGGUUGGUGGGGACGGUAUCUCACCGGCGCUUGGGUGAUGGAGGGCGCGUUCAGCGCCGCAUGCCUCGUCCUGGCUGCCGUCCUCUUUGCUCGCCGUGACGUGACCAUCAAGGGGCCACUGGUGGUAUGCCUUGUCCUCUUCCUCAACCUUAGUCCAUGGGCGUCGCCCAUGUACUACAUCGCCCAGCUGCCUCCGCCGGCCGACUACCUCGUCCACGGCGCGCUCGUCACUCUCGGCUUCGCGGCGCCAGCGGCUAUCAUGAUCCGCAUGCUUGACGGGGCUGAGGAUCGAGCUCGAUUGACGGUGGGAAAGAAGCGGUUGUAA